AAGAAUAAGAAUCACUGACGCGUUUGGUUGGCACUUUUUGAUUUAUGUAGUGUAAAGUGUAAGACCUGAAUCAGUUCCUGCUUGCCCUGCUGAGGACCUUUCGCCGCCAGUCGUCCUCCAAUCGCCUGCUGACGUGGGCGUGGUCGACUCCAGGGGCAUAAAUCUCUAGCUCCAUAAUUCUCUUCCUCCUUCUCUGUGGGACUGGCAGCCGGUUGCUAGCAGCUCCGCAAGCAGCAGCGUGGUGCGACGUCAAACCUGAGACCUCCAAACCAGCAACUAUUCUGCAUUAUUCAAGUCGUCUGGACCGCUCAGUGAACGCACAGUAAACAUGACUAGCUACCACAAACCCGACGAGAAAACUCUCCAGGGGCUCAAAGACGUCGCCAACAAGCUGAGGAUUAACUCCAUCAAGGCAACAUGCGCUUCCAACUCUGGUCACCCCACAUCAUGUUGCAGUGCUGCAGAGCUCAUGUCUGUGCUCUUCUUUCACACCAUGCGCUACAAAGCGGAUGAUCCUCGCAACCAGUGCAACGACCGCUUUGUCCUGUCCAAGGGCCAUGCUGCUCCAGUCCUGUAUGCUGCCUGGGCAGAGGCAGGUUUUGUGAAGGAAACCGACCUCCUGAAUCUGCGUAAAAUUGACUGUGACUUGGAGGGCCAUCCAACACCAAAACUUGCAUUUGUUGAUGUUGCCACUGGAUCCCUUGGUCAAGGGCUUGGUGCUGCUUGUGGAAUGGCAUACACCGGGAAGAACUUUGACAAAGCCAGUUACAGAGUCUACUGCAUGCUGGGUGAUGGUGAGUGUUCAGAGGGCUCAGUCUGGGAAGCCAUGGCCUUUGCUUCUCACUAUCAGCUGGACAACCUGGUUGCCAUCAUGGAUGUCAAUCGUCUUGGUCAGAGUGAGCCUGCACCCCUGAAACAUGACAUGGAAACCUACCGCAAACGCUGCGAAGCCUUUGGGUGGAACACAUACGUGGUAGACGGUCAUGAUGUCGAGGAGCUGUGCAAGGCAUUUUGGCAAGCUCAGCAGGUUAAAGGAAAACCCACUUGCAUUGUUGCAAAGACAUUCAAAGGCAAAGGCCUGAAAAAUAUUGAGGAUCUUGAUAACUGGCAUGGAAAACCCAUCCCCAAGGACAGAGUUGAUGAAAUUCUGAAGGACUUGCAGUCGCUCAUUCAGGUCCCCAACAAGACUCUCUGCCCAGAGAUUCCCACUGAUGACGCAGCAGCUGCAGACUUGAGUCCGAUCAAACUGGUGGCUCCUCCUGCCUACAAUAAAGGAGACAAGAUGGCAACACGUCGUGCCUACGGUGUUGCUUUGGCUAAACUGGGUCAGGCCAGCCAGAGAGUGGUGGCACUUGAUGGAGAUACCAAGAACUCUACAUUCUCUGAGACCUUCAAAAAGGCGUUUCCUGAUCGCUACAUAGAGUGCUUCAUCGCUGAGCAGAACAUGGUUGGAGUCGCGAUUGGCUGUGCCACCCGUGACCGCACGGUUGCUUUUGCCAGUACCUUUGCUGCCUUCUUGUCCAGAGCUUAUGACCAGAUUCGUAUGGGAGCCAUCUCUCAGUCUAAUGUCAAUCUCGUUGGGUCUCACUGUGGAGUCUCCAUUGGUGAGGAUGGUCCAUCCCAAAUGGCUCUUGAGGACCUGGCCAUGUUCCGUGCUAUCCCUACAUGCACAGUGUUCUACCCCAGUGACGCUGUGUCAACAGAGAGGGCAGUAGAGUUGGCAGCAAACACCAAGGGAAUCUGUUUCAUCCGCACCAGCAGACCAGACACUGCUGUGAUCUACGCCCAAGACGAGAAGUUUGAAAUUGGUGUUGCCAAGGUUGUGCGUCAGUCAGACAGCGAUCAUGUGACAGUGGUUGGAGCUGGUGUCACUCUACACGAGGCUCUCGCUGCUGCUGACAUGCUGGCUAAGGAAGGUAAAAACAUUCGUGUCAUUGAUCCUUUCACCAUCAAGCCGCUGGACGCUGAAACCAUUCUGGCGGCUGCCAGAGCCACUGGAGGGCGCAUCAUUACAGUGGAGGACCACUACAAAGAGGGUGGUCUUGGUGAGGCUGUGUUAUCGGCAGUGGGCUUGGAGCCUGGUGUCAUUGUGACCAGGCUGGCGGUGAGUGGAGUUCCUCGCAGCGGAAAGCCUCAAGAACUUCUGGACCUCUUUGGCAUCAGUGCCAAACACAUCGCUGCUGCCGUGCGCACCACUUUUGCUAACUAAAGACUUGAAGCCACCUCAUGCACAAAUGUGCUGCUCCUGGCCUAUGAGUGUCGUGUUCCGCUUCACUAUUCAUUCACUUGAGCCUCAACUCCACGAUUCAGUGUGUAGUGUGCAGCAUUCCAUUUUAUUUGGAUUCUGUAUUUGCUCUAACUUGCAUUCCUAACCCUGUGUUACUGAGCUUUAGUUCUCAUUCCAAAUAUGCAACAUGUUAUCAGUGAAAGUACAAAUCGUUGUUGAGAAAAAAAUGUUGCUGCUUUGAUGUUCAUUGUGCAUCAUUAAAACGUAUUCGACACA